AUGCAACUAGAUGCACUCCAUAUGCGAGGCGAGGUGGCCUUGAUUUUCCGGGGAAACGUGCGUGUGGCCGCCUUGUCACAGCUCUCGGAGUGGAUGCGCGCAGUCGCUGUGGGACAUCGGCAGUGGUACUUGCAAGGGACACAGGAGGACUUGUCCAGAAAGCCCCGGGUCCCACCGCUCCAACACCGCUGUACUGGGCGACCGAAUGUCCGCACAGGCUUAGCCUCAUCGCGUCGAGACCAUUCGGCCAUUCUCCUGCGUCCCUCCAUCCCAUACACUUGGUCACCGGGUCAUCAGGAAGGCCGGGGCAUGCCCUGGCUGGUCUUGGCGCGGCAGACUGACCCCACGGCUUUCGAACCGGUGAUCCCGCCAUGGGUGCUUCGUUCGUCAACAACUAACAACCGGCCGCCAUGGCAAAUAGGGUUGGCCCCGACGUUCGGCAACAACAUUGUGGUGACACAAGACUACGGGAUCCUACCCAAUGGGCCUGGGCUGCCCGCCACGGGAAACAAGAUACGGGCCCUCGAUGAGAGUUGGCUGCAGCCAGGCGUGGCUCUCCUAAUCAGUGCUUGUGUGACGGACGCCCAGAUGUACAAAGAAGUAACGUUCCUGGGACCGAGUCCUGAGCGCCUGUGCGGGCUGUCUCAGUGUCUCAUCUCUCGGACCGCUGGGGGAAAUCUGACACGGCAUUUUGAUCGAAAAAGCAACGUGGUGUACGAAGACGCAAGUAUCUCUCCGCCGCAGUCCCCAGCAGCGUCCAUGCAGGGUGGAGGUCUCUUCGACAUCCGGCCGGGAUGA